GGUGUGUCUGCUAGAGAAGGUGCUUUCAUUGUGGUCUCUCAUAUUCUGCUUACAGAUGACUUUGUGAUUUUCAAGGUGGCAGAUCCAGUCCAAUUGGACUAUCUUUGGUGUAUUCCCCUAUGUUUUGAGGCUGUUUCAGAUCAGAUCAAUUCUCAAGUUAAUCCGAGAUCCUUGAAGUUUAGGAAGAACAUCCAUGGGAAGCCUGAGGUAGAGUGGCAACAAAGUGAUGAUUGGCACCCACCACCAUUGCAUUUCAACCUUUCCCAUACUUCUUCUUUGAUAGCCUGUGGGGUUACUAUGAAUUCUCAAAUUGGUAUUGAUGUGGAAGAAAAGCAGCGGACAAUAAGGAAUGAUAUCUUGUCUUUUGCUAGGCGGUACUUUUCACACCAUGAAAUGGAUUUCUUAGCUGCUAUUUCAGACCCUGAAGUUCAGCGCCAGGAGUUCAUAAAGUUAUGGACACUAAAGGAGGCAUAUGUCAAAGCUUUGGGAAGGGGCUUUUCAGGUGCACCUUUCAGGACCUUUACUAUCCGGUGUAGGGCUGCUGCUACUGGAGGAAGCUUUCAUCUAUCUCAGAAUUCAAACUCUGAGGUAUGAUUUAUGAUUAUUCCGUUAAUGAUUUAAAUGGCUGUUCUGAAAUUAGACCGAUUUGACUAGAAUUGAAAACUUGAGGAAUGAAAUAGAUAAAAUUAAAACUUGGCAUCCGUGGUAUUUUGGUCUACACAAUGCUCAACUCACAAAUUCAUUUUUCUCUAGGUUUUAGCUUUCAUAAAGAUAUUUCUGCUUUAAUAUGCCAUGCAAAUUUACCCAAUUUGCUGCACUGAACAUUUAACGUUUACUUCUUGAUCCAAAUAUGCAAAUUCUAACAUUUUAUUUUUGUUUAUAUUUUUGAAAAUUUUAAAAACUGUGAACAAAAAUUCAUUUGAUAUCUAUUUUCAUUUCCAAAAACUUAGAAGCAGUUCACAAAAUUUUUUAAAUUUAGGUAACAAGAAAGUUGGUUUCAUGUGUUUAGGGAAAAAAAAAAAAAAAUUCAUUCAUUCCUCCUCCUUC